ACAAUCGUCGACCAUCGGUGGGGGCGUAACCACCGGCUUUCCUCCAUAACAGUCAGGCAGGAUCACCCAGUAAAGCAGCAGGUCGGUCAACAGUGACUGCAAGUCAUCCUGACUUCUUAUUUUUUAACAGUAGUGUACUAUUGUUGAUCAGCCUUGUGUUCGCCGCCAGUUAGAGCAGCAGUAAGUAGUCGCGCGCACGCUGUCACGUUUCGUCGCAGCUCACACUGAUUAGCAACUUGUUAGCUCGCUAGCGAAAACCACAUGGAUCCCCAAAACACCAACACGAACACCGAGGCGAAGAUGAUGAUGAACCACGCGAAGACUCUCAGGCUCCACACCGGGAACUUGGUCAGCCGAAGUCGGCUGAAAAAGAAAUGUCCGGCUUCUCCCAGCGAGGAGCUUCAAGACUGCAUUCAAGCCACACUGAGCGAUUGGUUCUCCACAACAAAACCACCAUCCAAGGACUUUCCAGAUACACUGGACUGCUCAAGUUCGCAGGAAACAGAAGCUAUUACACCGGAAGAGAGGGAGGAGCUGAAGGUUUCAGUUAAGCUGUUCCUGUGUGAGUCGCUUCAGUCCUCCAUCAGAGAUGCAGUGGAGAUGGCCUGCCAGACGCUGGCAGUGUCCCAGCUUGACUCUGUUAUCAUAGCCCCACCUGGGCCCCUGGAGGGUGACAGCCAGACUUUGGCUCACCUGCAGCCAGCCUGGGAGGAACUGGAGGCUCUGGUCAGGAGCCAGAAGAUUGCUGCAAUUGGAACCUCUGACCUGGACAAAGAAUUGCUAGAACAGCUCUACACCUGGGCUCAGGUGAAGCCCAGCAGUAACCAGGUCAACCUGGCCUCCUGCUGUGUAAUGCCUCCUGACCUGACGGCCUUCGCUAAGGAGUUUGACAUCCAGCUGCUCACACAUAACGAUCCCAAAGAGCUGAUGUCAGCAGCCACAUUCCAGGAGGCGGUGCAGGUGGGAACGCAGGACCUGAACAUGGCUAACUGGAGGCUGGAGUGGGUCCUGCGCUACUCCAUUAUUGUCAAGAGCAGGGGCAUCAUCAAGGCUAAGGGCUACCUCGUCAGUGCAAGGAAGGCAAGCCCUUAGCACAGCCCACCAGAGAAGAAGACACAUGGAUGAAGCCAUUUUCCUUUUUUUUUUCUUUCACGCACUCAAACACACACAACAUGCAAAGUAUCAGUUUUAAAUAUUGGAUGCUGCCAAUCACCACAAGUCUUGAAGUUGUUGUUUUUAUCUUACAGAAAGGUUGCUUUUUAAUCAUCUAUGAUUUCUUCAGUUAAAAAGUUGCAGGUAUUCAUUACCAACGUCUCAGUGAUAUCAAAAGUGGGAGAUGAACAUGCAGGAUUAUGUUUUAAAAGAAAAUUUGAAUUUCACAAGUGUUUGCUCUUGAGCGACCUGUACACUGACCGAUCAACCACUUGUUGACACAGUAGAGGCUGCUUUAAUGAUGGAAAUGUCAGGUGAAUCUUUAACCUUGUUCUGGCUUGAAGUGCCUCUCAUCUCCUGCUCCUCCUAUCCUAAUUUUUGGCGUGUCUCUGCCGUGUCUGUGUGCAUUAAGCUUUAAAUAUGUGUGGAUGAAAAGAAAACGAGUAGGUGAAGCAAAAGAAGAAUGAAGAGAAUUAUUGUUUUUUUUUAUCACUUUCUGAAAGGGUAAAUGGGGGAAAAAUUCAAAAGAAAGUCAGUUGUUAUUCACACAUUUUGUGUGUGUGUGUGUGUGUGUGUGUGUGUGUGUGUGUGUGUGUGUGUGUGUGUGUGAGAGUGAGACACCAUUUGCAUUCCUCAGUCAAGUAAACCGAUGCACUAAUUCAAAUCCAAAUACAUACAAGAUGUUUAAUUUUAUGAUGUUGAUUGGAUUAGACUUUAACUGGUAAAGCAGACAACUACGUGAUUAUACAUAACUUUAUUUUGUCAUGCAGUUUUUCUAACAAUGCGCUGUUUUUGAAGACUCCUUUAAAUGCUCAUGAGAUUAAUUUGAGGGUUUAGAGAACAGCAGUAUUUCAAGAUAUUCCAACAUGCAUCAUAGACUCAUAUCCUCUAUAUGCAUUGUUGUAGCACUGGAAACACCAUGCCAAGGGGAUGUAAAAAUGUGUUGACUCUGAGAGAUGUGGUUUAUUUGAAGGUCCACUAUGUAGGAUUUAGUGGCAGCUAGAUUGCAACCAACUGAACACCCUUGUCUCACUCUCUCUCCAAAGCGUGUAGGAGAAACUAUGGCAGGCGGGGAAAAAGUGAAAAGCUGUCUAUAGACAUGGUGUUUGUAUUUGACUGUUUGGCGAUACUUUAGAAACAUGGUGGACUCUGUGGAAGAAGAUUCAGCCCUUCACGAGAUAUAAAAUGCUCCUUGUAAUGAAAACCCAAUGAUUUCUGUUUUCAUUUGAUUAUACACUAAUGAAAACUUUAUGUCAGCUGAUAGAGCCUCCUCAGUCCUACACACUGGACCUUUUAAGAAUCACGGCUGAUUUUCCAGGCAGGACCCAGUUAAUUACAUGAAGACAAUUUCUGUUGUACUGUAAACAUAAUUUCUAUGUUGUCAUAUAUCUGUAUAUCAUGAUUUGGCUUUAUUAAAAUUGUGAAACAGA